AUGUCUCUUUCCAUGUUCACUGUUUCGAAAUUGCUUGUGCCUACUGCUGUUGUAGGGUUGGGUAUCACUAUAUAUCUUCAAGAUCGCCCACUGUCGGCCGCAAGGACGGCCACAAUAACAUCAUAUCAACAAUUAUCGCCCUCCUUUGCCAGCAGCUCACAAUCGUUUUCUUGGAUAAUCAAUCCAAGGAACCAUAUCAGUAUUACAGAUUCUUACAAAAUUCGAUUAUCUGAAGCCGACAUUCGAAAUAGGAGUGAUGAAGAAAUUUUGGCAACAUUGACCCGUGGAUUCUUCGCAGGUUGGAUUUUCACCCCCGAAAGAUACCUCAUAGCAUCAUUGCAAUCUCUUGGUAUGAAGUUUAUACCUUGUGGGUAUUCAAAAAUAUCUCCAGGACCAAUCUUGGGAUUAGAUUCAUUAUCCGCUAAAAAACUACCUUCAAAAGAUUCUCUUCUUUUUGGCGGUAAUUUUAUGGUUCUAUUCACCAAGACCGAGGAUGAUCGAUCUCGAGACUCUCCCAGUUGCGUUGAGAUUGGAUAUGGAGAUGAUCGCAAACAAUUUUCGGGAAUGCAUAGUUUUGAGCUCAUUCAUGAAAGAGAUGGAGCUACAAUUUGGUAUUCCAGUGUAUCAUGUAAUCCAACUAAUAAUAAGAGGCCUUUUCCAAAUUGGGUAUUUGCAUUUCAUAGAUGGUAUGCAAUAACCUUAUUUAGGGAUGGAAUUGCAGCAGUGUUGGCGACAGAAUGA